AUAUAUAUAUAUAUAUAUAUAGAGAGAGAGAGAGAGAGACAUAUAUCAGCAGCCCAUGAAGAAUUUCUAGGGCUAAAGAAGAGUUGGAAAGGGGGAGGAAGAAGAAGAAGAAGAGGAGGGAGGAGGAGGAGGAGGAGGAGGCGGAAGAUGAGGAGAAAAGAGAAGUAGGAUAUUAAAUAUACAUACAUUCAAUAUAUAUACACACAGCAUGGAGUGGAGGAAAUACUAUUUGGAUGUGAUAUUGGUGCCAUUAGGGUUUGUGAUAAGUGUAGGAUACCAUGCUUGGCUUUGGCAUAAGGUCAGGACUCAGCCUCACUCCACCAUCAUCGGCAUCAAUGCCACCGCCCACCGCUUCUGGGUCUCCGCGAUGAUUAAGGACAAUGAGAAGAAGAACAUUCUUGCAGUCCAAACACUUAGGAACAUGAUCAUGGGAUCGACCCUCAUGGCGACGACCUCGAUCCUGCUCUGCUCCAGCCUCGCCGCCGUCAUAAGCAGCACAUACAGCGUGAAGAAGCCGCUGAACGACACCAUUUAUGGCGCUCAUGGCGAGUUCAUGGUGGCCCUCAAAUACGUCACCCUCUUCACACUCUUCCUCUUUUCCUUCCUCUGCCACUCCCUCUCCAUCCGCUUCAUCAACCAGCUCAACAUCCUCAUCAACACCCCAAGGGACCCUGAGAUUUCCGGCACCAUCACCUUCGACUACAUCUCGGAGGUCCUCGAGAGGGGGUUCCUGCUCAACACCGUUGGGAACCGGCUCUUCUACGCGGCACUUCCUAUCCUCCUGUGGAUCUUCGGGCCGGUGCUCGUGUUCCCCUUCUCGAUCAUGCUGGUCUCGGUCCUUUACAACCUCGACUUCGUGUCCAGGAGCGACGGGAGUCGGAGUGACCUCAAGAGUGGCCGGAAGAGAGGGGAUGUUCAUGAUAAUAAUAUCUGCAGAGACUGCGUCUGAAUUAUUAUAUAAUAAUUCCUUUGGGUAUACGCUUGAACAUGAUAUGUUAGAUGCGUAUGGUGUCGAGAUCACUAUUGGAUUUGAUUAAUGCGAUGCAACUAAUUUGGAA